AUGUUUGGCGCUGUUUGGCGGUGGCGUGACCAAGGUAUCGACAUCCAGAAGCAUCACGUCAAGAAGGGCCAGCGUACGGCUCCAAAGAGCGAGGACCCGUACUUGCUCUUGCUGGUCAAGCUAUACCGUUUCCUUGCACGGCGCACAGAUUCUGACUUCAACAAGGUCAUCCUCCACCGUCUAUUCCUUUCCAAGAUCAACCGUCCUCCUUUGUCACUCUCUCGCAUUAUUAAAGAGACCUCUGCUGCGCCAGACCGUGAUUCCAAGAUCAUCGUCACCGUCGGUACGGUGACUGACGACGUCCGCCUGAUCGAGGUGCCCAAGCUCUCGAUUGCAGCACUCCGUUUCACCGCCGCGGCUAAGGAGCGAAUUCUCAAGGCCGGCGGUGAGGUUCUCACGUUCGACCAGCUCGCGCUUCGUGCGCCCACUGGCUCGAAUACCAUUUUACUCCGGGGCAAACGCAACACCCGGGAAGCGGUCAAGCACUUCGGUAUGGGCCCGCACAAGCACAAGAAGCCCCACACUAUUUCCAAGGGCCGCAAAUUCGAGCGCGCGCGUGGUCGCCGAAAGUCGCGUGGUUUCAAGGUCUAAGCGUGCGCUGCUGGAAAAUCGACGUGCAGUCGCUCACGGCGGAUAUGCGGCGGAUGCGGUGUGCUGUGGUACCGGGCCUGUCAGAGACGUGUAUUCCUAUAUGCACUACAUGCAGAAGAGUGAUCCUCCACGCCACGAUUCUUAUGUCUAUGUCUGCAUCGCCAAGCAUGUAUUGCUUUCUCCUCACUCUGCUUUAUCGCCGAACUGGUCUUGUUCAUUAGGAUGCUCGCGUUAGCGAUGCCAGAUCGUGGUGUCAUCUCGAUUCGAAGUUCUUGCUGUAGAAGAGGUGGUCGGAAGGUGUGUCGCUUGAUAUUGCAUGCCACACAAAAAUGCUGCCUAGUGUGCUGCCUGCGAAAUUGCGUUAAGUAUCGCGCAUGUCGUACCGUCGCAGCAGUAUCAUCUAGAAUGCACAAUGCCUGGUUAAGGCGGCGAGACGCUGCGAGACAGCGAUAUACACGGC